AUGAAUAUCGACCCGUUUGUGUUUGCAGCCUUUGGGCCGCCGCCCAGAGACAUAGAUUUGUCUGCUAACAGUGAGGCUCAAAAUGCGAGUGUUGUUCUCACGUUGUUGUGUAUCUCGGCUAUAUUUUUGGCUGGCAGGAUAGCUAUGAGAACGAUGCAGGUUUAUGGGUUAAGUGUGGAUGACUAUGCUAUUCUUGUGUCGUUUUUGUUUGUGACGCUUACAGCUGCUAUGGUUGUCGUUGGUGGAUAUUCUGGUGUUGGAAAACAUGUCUGGGCUCUUACGAUUAAUCAGCUCGAGCAAGUGAUAAAGCUCACAUAUGUCUACAGCUUCAUGUUCGUUGGAGCCGUGUUCACUACAAAAGUUUCGAUCCUCCUCUUCUACCGACGAAUCUUUAGCCGCGGCGGACUUCACUUCCAGGUCGCAUUCUGGUUCGGCGCUAUCCUCGUGGGCGCAUACCCGAUCAUCUUUGUGUUCACGAUGGGCUUUUGUUGUACGCCUGUCUCACACUACUGGACGCAAGUCAAGGGUACUGAGGGGAAGUGCAUCGAUGUUGGGCAUUUCUUUGUCAUCUUGGCCAUCAUCAAUCUAAUCACCAAUAUCAUCGUGCUGGUGAUUCCUGUUCCAGAAGUGCUUAAGCUGCAGAUGAGUAGAGGGAAGAAGGCAGCUGUCUUUGGGAUCUUGGCACUUGGAGGAUUAGUCUGCAUCGCCAGCGCUGUCCGAAUCCACUACCUAAACGUCUUCGCCAACGCCGUCGAUACAACAUGGCACAUGGGCCCAGUAGCCAUCUGGUCCUCCGUCGAACCCUCCAUGGGCAUCGUAUCAGCCUGUCUACCGAGCUUCAAGUCACUACUACGUCACCUUCGAGGGAAGAGUGCGGCCCGAGCAUCUACCCAGAUUACAAAUAGUGGCGGUGGGAAAGGAAACAGCAAGCCGAGAUUCGAUGACGAAAUCGCUUUGAGGAGCCAGAUUGUUGGGGGCGAGGGGAGCUUACGGAGCGGACAGUCACAGGGAAGUGAGAUGGAUAGACACAUUUUUGUCAAGACCAGCGUUGAGCAGACUUUUCAUGAGCUUCCUUAG